AUGACUUUACCAAGUGAAUUACCUAAUAAAGACGAGCUUGUGGAGAAAGCACAAGUUGAUUUGUCAAAUUUGAAUUUAACCACCAAUCAAAUGGAAAAACAUAUAGAACGUUCUAAAGGCUUUUUAUUAUCACAGUACAAAGAUAUUACUACAUUUUUAGAUGAAGCUACAGAUGAAUUCGAAAUUGGUCAACUUGUACAUCUUGAAUCAUUUGGCCUAUAUGAUGCGAUGAGUUCAAUUGAGAUAAUGGAUCCAAAAAUGGAUAGCGGGAUGAUAUUAGAAAGUGAUUUAAAUAAACCGCAAUUUAAAUUACAUGCCCGUUUAAGGCCUGAAGAAGUUCUUGGAAUUAUAGAUCUUUUAAAGGCGUGUGUUUUGGGAACUGUAAAAUGUUGUCAUUUGGUAUUGGAUGAGAUGACAAAGGGAAAUGUUUAUGAAGAAGAAGAUUUUUCUGCAAAUAAAUAUG